ACGAGUCAUCAUAUUAUUUACGACAAUUUUUCUUACAACAAUUUUUCUUAACAAUCGGAAUAAUGGAUAAACCUUCCGCUUUUAAAAGCUCGAAUUUGUUUUUGUAUGGAUUGAUCAUUGGACUUUUAAUUUUAAUUGCUGUUCUUCUUUCCAAAGUUGAACGUCUUCAGCGGUUAAAAGCGUUGAUCUGGAGAAACCUUCUAGAAGAAGCAGACGACGAAGGUUUUGACGAAAUUUUGUUCAGGGACUUGAAUCCGGAUCAGAGUGUGGAGAUACACCGCCGCCAACGUUUCGAGGCAGCAGCUGGGGUCCUGGGAAAUGCUACACGAGAGAAAACCAAUGAACGCCCACCACCCAGAAGAAGGGGAACUUACAAUUAAACCUCAAAAUACAAGACAAAAUACGGGUAGUUGCUGGCGCUGAAUAACACCAAACAUCAGAGAAACACGACCGGAUAUUUCAAGAAAUUUAAAAAUAGCACAAAUAGAGGCAUUAAAUGGGGGCCUUGAUUUCAAUACCAUGACCGAAUAUCGAAACGAAAAUCAACUAAAUACAAUUCCAGGCCCAGUCGUAAUCCUUUGAAA